GAACAGCAGAAAGGAGCAAGUGCAGCCCUAAAGGCGACCUGUACUGCAGAAAGCUGUGUGAACACAGUGGAAAUUGCCAGAGUGGCAAAAAGCUGGGGUAAAAGGUUUUUAACGUGUAGCCUUAGGGGCAGCGCACACAGAGUGAUUAACUGCAGUGCUGGAACAGAAAAGUGGUGCCUGGUACCUGUCCACUAACCGCGGCUCGAACUGGGCGGGGAUCGCCUGCAUCCUCUGCUGGCCCGGCCCCAUCAGCUGCGGGUUUACUGCCAUCAGCUGGUUCCUCAUUAGCAUCUCCUGCCGCUGCCGCAGUUCUGCGAAGCACACACGGUUCUGCUGUCAGUGGGGAACUGUGGGAGAGAGUACAGAGGAAUAGAGCCUCGGAAAAGAAAAACCACUUGUGCAGAGCUGCUGCUAUCAAACUGAUGAAGACAGAAACUUGUGAGAGAAAACUGCAUGGAAAGUUAGUAUUAAGGAAAGGAGUGAGGUUUUGUUUGCAUGUCAUGGCUCAUCUAUCUCAGAAACCCUGAAAGCUCUCUAAAAACUGAAAAGUGUGAAAGGGAUCCUGAGGUGUAUCCAUGGAAAAGACAGAUGACCAGAACUGCCAGGAUACACAUGAAGAAGAGAACCCAAAGCGUUCCCCAUUUGACUUUGUUAUAAAACCAUUCCAAGGAAAGAAGUGUGCUCCUGAAGAAAGGAAGGAACAGCCUUCAGCCAUCAAACAAUUCUUCAAAGGCUUUGACUUUGGGAAAUCUGAAGUCAAGGACAGAAGGGAAAUUGAAGAAACAGAAAUAAAAAAUGCUGGAGAUGAUGAGCAGAGUGAAAAGCAAGAUUUUUCUGUAGAAGAUGGACUUUCACAUCUCACUUCUGAAGCAGAGUCACCAUCUGGUGAGCAGAGAUUUAACCAGUUCAUGGAGAAACUGGGAAAGAAACCCAACAGCAAGAAUCUGGAUCUAAAUAAUUGUGCACUAAGUGCAGCAGAUAUAACAGAGCUGGCUUCUUUGCUGCCGUUUCUCCCAGAGCUGGAAGAGAUCAGCCUGUCCUGGAAUGGUUGUGUUGGUGGGACUUUGAAAGCUCUCACUGUCCAUCUUCAUCAUGUGAACCUGUUAAAAGUCCUCCGACUUAACAACUGCAGGCUGACAGCUGAGGAUGUCAUCUCCUUAGGGGAGGCAUUUGAAAUUGUUUCUCAGCUUGAAGAACUGGAUUUAUCAUGGAACAGUAGCAUAGGUGGAAAACUAUCACUGCUGACAAAAAAACUUCAGGAAGGAUGCAAAUUAAAAUGUCUGAAAAUUACGGAUUGUAACCUGACGGCAAAGGAUGGAGAAUCCCUUGCCGACAUUCUAAAUGUGAUCCCAAACCUCGAAGUAUUAGAUCUCUCUAUCAACAAAAACAUUGGCUGCAGCAUGAAGGUUAUUGCUCAGGAUCUGAAAAACGUGCCAGGCUUGAAAGAGUUAAACUUGCACAUGUGUGGAUUAAAGCAAGACAGCCUCCAGGGCUUAGACACUGCUUUACAGCACCUUGCAGAGCUAAGGAAAUUAGACAUCUCGUGCAACAGAGAGAUUGGCGGUGGCUUUAAAGCCUCAACAGCUCAUUUGGCCAGCUUGAAAAAUCUGGAAAUCCUUGAUCUUCACCAGUGCUGUGUCACAGAAGAGGACAUGACUGUUUUGUCCCAGGUGAUACCUUUACUCUCCAGUCUUCAAGAGCUGAAUUUAUCCUCGAAUAAAAAUGUAGGACUCUCAUCAGAUCCUCUUCUGGGCAGGCUCAGGUUUUUACCAAAGCUGAGAUCUGUGACCAUCAGCAAUUGUGGCUUAGGUGAAGAGUCCCUCUCAUCCCUAGCUGAGGCUGCCCUUCACCUUCCUGAACUGGAGAUAUUAGACCUUUCUUGGAAUAAGUGCGUUGGUGGGAACCUAAAGCUGCUUUUGGGAGCACUAAAGCUUGCAACGGAGAUUCAAGUGUUGAGACUGAGCAGCUGUAACCUGGUGGCUGAAGAUUUGGCACUUCUAACAUCCCUGAGGCAAAAUGGCCAUUUAGCCAGGUUGCAGAAGCUGGAUUUGAGCUAUAAUAACAACAUCUCUGAUGAAGGCUGGGCUGUUUUCUGCCAAGGUUUGGGUGCCUUCAAGGAACUCUCAGAGCUGGAUGUGAGCCUCCGACCAUCGUCCUGCCGGGACUGCGGGCCAUGGUUCGGGGAGCUGUUGGCAGCACUGACACAGCUGCCAGCCUUGGCAGAGCUGGGCAUGCAAAGAUGGGCCCUUUCAGAGUCCCAGAGGAAGCAAGUGGAAGGCUUCAAUCAAGACAACAAAAGAAACAUUCGUUUUGACUGUUGAUGAAGGUUGGAGGUGUCUGGAAGGCCUUUUGGGAGCAGCACAGGAACUAAGAACUAUGUGUCUCCGACUUAGAAGACUGCCGUUUUUAAUAAUCUCUUGAAAUAUAUUCACAAUUAGAGAAAGCUGUUAUUUGGCCUUCUGCACCACAGAUCAUUCAAUUUAACAGCAUUCUUUCAGAUUCUCUGGGCCAUGCUUACACUAGUUAAUCUUCAUUUUGUGAAUACUGCCAAGGCCACUGCCCACAGAGCAGUGCUGGGGUCAGAGGGACACACUGCAGGUUUGGCAUGGAGGGAAGGGCUGGGAUUUGUGUUAGUGCAGGUGGGUGGGCAGUGUGAAUGUGGCCUCAGAAAAUACCUCUAAUGUGAAAAUUCUUGAAACCUCCAUGUUUUAAAUUUUAGUUUCUUCUCCCUCCAAACUUUUGUCUCUCUGUGAAUUAGUUAAAUCAUAACUCAGAGAUUUGGCAUUAAUCCCAACAACUCAACAUUAUAGAUUAGUCCAGGAAGGAGAAUACAGAAGGAGCUGGUCUGCCUCUGCUCUGGCCCUUGAUGCCAUCACAUAGUGUAGCCAUCUCAUAGCGUAGAUGAUUCCUGUGUAGAGAAUCAGCAUAAAAUCAAGGUAAGAAACACUUAAUUAGUCUCUUUGCUAGUCUCAGGGGCAAGUAAAAAUCUAUGGUACAUUAAAUCAGAGAAGUGUCCUGCUACUUUAACAAGAAUUUUGGAUACAGAGCAAUCAAUAAGUGCCAAAUUCUGGCACAGUCACUUGUGUCAUGGAGCAUGUUAACCCACACGUGAGCUCCAGGACUGCAGUGGGAUUAUUCAUUGGUAAGGUAUUUUAGGAAGUAAAGGUAUUAGAUCUGCCCACUGAGUGAGGAGUCUUAGAGAAAUCCUGGGGCAGCUUGAGGGAUAAAGUACUGCUCAAUUAGCUCUGAGCAUCUCUACACACUGCAGCAGUCUCCUGGAGGAGAGGCACAACAGGAUUAUUCAGUGGCACUUUCCUAACUUGUUUCUUAGCUUUCCCCCCCAGUAUGUUCUCCCCUGCAGAUGCUGAUCAAUAUUCAGCUUUCAGUCCAUGCAACCCUUCCAGCAUCAGCUUUUGCCUGUUCAGGGCUAUAACCAGCAGCUGACCCUGCUGUGCUGAUAUCUAUUGAUCAUUUAAUCCAUGAUUUUGUGUAAGAGUCACCCUGGACUUCCUGGUUCCACUUUCAGUUACACUUGAAAAGUGUACUUGGCUCCCCCAGCUCAGAGAAAUGUGACUUGAACUGGAGUCUCUUGGUCAGGAGCAGCAGGGAAUUGCUGUGUGGGAUCCUAAACCUCUGAAAUAAAGCAAAGAGUCCCUGCCUCAUUUAGGGAUAACAAGAAAGAUUUUCAAGCAGUGACUUAAGCCAGGACUGUUGUUCUAAUGAGGAAACACCAUCAUGUCUGUUUAACAGCAUCACACCAACCUAUUCUCUUUAUCACUUGUCUUCAUGUGACUUUUCUCCUCAAAUCCACCUUUGAUCCAGCUGGGAGGUUGAUUUUUUUAUCUGUUCCAUGAGAGUUUCUCUGAAUUAAUCCUUUCCCACUUGAACCUCUCUCUCCAGUUUACCUUUAAUGUCCACUUUCUGUUGAAAUCUUCCUGACUUAAAUCAACUUCAAUGUUUGGGUUUCUUGUUCUUUCAUAGUUGGGUUCCUCAUUCUUAUCUCCAGAGCACAGGACAGACUGGAUGCUGGCAAACUCUCCCCUGCUUCUGAUCCUCCUGCUCAGUCUUUUGCUCUCUUAUUAUUCUGUCAUGCCAAUUGUGCUACUAAAAAUCUUUUGUUCCUUUUAUUACCUCUACUAAAUAUCUUGUCAAUCUGCCAAUCUGCACAGAAAUCUCUCUUCCAGUGAUUUUCCCCUUGUCUGUUUCUGAUUCAUCCUUCUCUCUGUUCUACUUUACCUUCGCUUAGGGUGAAAAAAAAUUCAUUAGACAUUUCCAAAUAAUCAAAACAGCCUCAGUUACCCACUGAAAUGGAAAAUCAGAACAGAGCUGUCCCACUUUGCUGCAGUCCCAGCUCACUCCUGCCAAUGAGCAUAUUAAUGAGAUUCCAGUAUCAAUCAAGAGCCAAACAGAAAUGAGUUCCAUACCCUGGAUGCAGAUUCAGGGAGCACUGCCUGGAGAUGGAACUCUGGGAAGAGCUGGUCUCAGAGACCCUGCCCUUAUCAACUCCCUCAGGAUGCAUCACCUUCCCUGAGGCAAGGGGAGGGAGGGCAGGACUGCAGUUCUGACCAGCCAGUUAAAGUAAACCAAGGCUUCUGCUCCCACCCACUCUGCAUUUUGUCCCUGCACAGUGGCUGGCCCCAGUCCAGCUCGAUGCCCUAGGUACUCUGCAAAUGAAACUCGGGGGCUUAAGGGCAAUACAGAAUAAAAACUAGACAAGGACAUCAUGUGUCUAGGAGAAACAGUUGUCUGCCUGUCAAGUGCUGAGGAAAGACAUGGUUGCACAUAAAUUUGGCAUGCAAGAAUUAUAGCAAUAUUAGGUUUGUAACGGUUCUUUUUAAUAAGGAAGGUGUUACGAUGUGUCGGGACCAGAAUCAUGGUGGAAAUUGCAUUCUGCAGACACAGUGCUUUCAAAUAAGCCUGUCACACACAGACACACCCCAAACUGUCACCAAGCCAUCUCAGACGUGAGCAGUACCACCAAGGAAGUGACAGCUUGCAGUCAUUCAAAGUGCUGUAACUGCAGAUUGUCAAAGCAUCAGUGAACAGUUUUGCAAGAGCAUGGAGAUAGUUUCAAACAGCUUUUUACACCUAUGUAAGACAGGAUGGUAAUGCAGGUCCUGCCAGAAGUGUGUGUUCUGCCUGUCUGGAAUCCUAUUCCAUAUUUCCAAACAAGGUACUGAUCAUUUCUGGAGGUAAGAGCAUAAGUAAGGUUUAUAAACUGUGAUAUUGUUGGGAUCAUUACUAAACACUGAGAAACAACAAGAGUUUUAAAGGCUGAGCUUUGAUAUUAUUCCUGUUCUGACAGUUCUGGCCUGAUGCUGUACCAUGUACCUAAAGAGAUUAAGAAUCCCUUCACUCCUGCAUUUGGGAGCAGCUGAAGUCCAUGGAAUUUCCAUGUUGCAGCAGAACAAGAUCUUACCCCUUCUAUUGCUCCUGCCUGCAAUUUGCUUAUGUCUUCUGGCAGACAUUUAAUUCCUUUAUCUUGCCUCAGCUAUAAUCUUUCUAAUAACUCCAGGAGAAAGAUCUCCUUUGGAAAGAUAUUGAAUUUAUUUUCAGAAAGUCUAAGUCAUUUAAAAUUUUCAGUUCCUUCACCUCCACAGGUAUCUAGACACAGUCAUUAAAAAGAUAUAUUAUGUCAAUUAAAUAGUAAUCUUUGGGAUUUUGUUUUUAGGAAAGAAAUCUCCUAAGAAAAUUCUGUGGAGCUGCAUUACUGUUGAUAGAUGAACACAGAAUAUUCUGCUCAUUAAUGUCACAUUAUACCUCACAGCAUGGAGGAAAUUUUGGCAAAGACAUCUGUGUUGUUUCCUGUGCUGGAAAGAUUUCUUAUGGGUUUAAUUUUAUUUCUUAGCAGAAAGAUUAGUCUGCUUCUUCAUUUCCUUUGUAUGCACAGAGCAGGGGAGAGCAAUUUAAAUUAAUGAAAUCUGAAAGUGAGUAUUCUGCAUAAAUUACUACUUCUGUAAAUAUAACCUUCAAGAAAAAAACUGCCAGUGGAAUCAAAAAAUUAUUGGAAAAAAAGCAUUGCAUUAUAUAAAAAGGAAAGUGUGUUCUGAGCCCUAAAAUGAGGAUGUCUAUGAAUACUCUUGCACUUAGCAUUGCCCAGGGGUGCAUAAUUGUUCAUUAUCAAAUAAACAGCAAAUGUUCAUGGAGUUAAAGACAUUAACAAUAUCACAUCCUUUUUUAAAUUGCCCUUUGCUCACUUUGUGACAGAUUGAUUCUGUGCAAAUGCGACUCUUAUUUUCCAGUAUACAGGAAAAAAAAACCAAAAAAACCCCAAAGAUGUGAAAAACUGCAGCAGUUCCUCCAGUCAGGAUUCCAUCUUUAUGAUCCGACACAAAGGUCAGUGUUUCCACGUUCUUGCUGUUUUCUCCCUGCCUGAAUACUGAGAUGCCCAGAAUAAUGAGGAACCCAGGCUCGGGUGUGGACCAGAAGAAUGUCCCUUCUCACUGGUUGUAAUGGAGAACUUGGAUCGUGCAAAAGGGUAUCAAUAAAAUAAAAAUUACAACAAAAGAACAAAUACAUUUUUCA